CGGGGAAUCCAGAGUUGCUCUAUCUCCUGAGAGGCAAGUUUCUUUUCCGGCCUUGGCCACCUGUGUGCUGCGCUCCGGGUGGGAAAGGUGGCCUGGGAGGAGGGAGAGUUCAGACAUGUGACUCGGGAGCCUUUCCUGGUGAGGCUGGUGGUCAAAAUACCUCCAGAACUCAGAGCUUUUAAGAUGCAGAGUACGCUUUGUUCGCCCACGUUUCCAGGAUUGUAGUCCCUUGUCCUCAAGACUCCUCUGCUCUGGAGCCGGCUGUCACCUUCCCAGUUCUUGGGGUCCUUGCUGUCUUUCCCCUCUCCCCUCCCCACCCCCAAAGUGGUGCUCCCGCCUCGCUCCGCCUGCACAGCCCCUGGCGCGCCCCGCAGGGUUAUCAGGCUCCGCACACGCACCACUGGCUUCCUCUGGCUCCCAGCGCGAGUGACCCCGGCAGCCCAACCGCUGCCCGGGAGCCUCAUCGGAGUCCCGGUCUCCUGCUCCCUGACCACCGCGCAGCUGCCCUUCGGACCCCCUGCAGCGCCCACCGCGCGUCAGGCUUCAUCCCGGGUUGGACCUGCCGUUCUGCUCAUCCCCACACUCAGCCUCUCCAUCAGCCCCGAGAAGUGGAAUCUGCACAGAAACUCUCUGUGGCUGGAGCCCGCGGACUGGGCAUGCUCAGAAGCCAGGGCUGGCUUUGGUCUCAAGUAGGAAGCUUUUGCACUCGGGAGGCAGCGGCGACUUUGGGGAAAGUUGAUCGGAGAGGGGAGGAAGCCCCGAGACGCGGAGCAGCGCGGGGAAGGAGCCCCCGGCAGCCGGGAGGAGCAUGGGCACCCUGCGGGAUCUCCAGUACGCGCUCCAGGAGAAGAUCGAGGAGCUCAGGCAGCGGGAUGCUCUCAUCGACGAGCUGGAGCUGGAGUUGGAUCAGAAGGACGAACUGAUCCAGAAGCUGCAGAACGAGCUGGACAAGUACCGCUCGGUGAUCCGGCCGGCCACCCAGCAGGCGCAGAAGCAGAGCGCCAGCACCUUGCAGGGCGAGCCGCGCACCAAGCGACAGGCGAUCUCCGCCGAGCCCACCGCUUUCGACAUCCAGGAUCUCAGCCAUGUGACCCUGCCCUUCUACCCCAAGAGCCCACAGUCCAAGGAUCUCAUAAAGGAAGCCAUCCUUGACAAUGACUUCAUGAAGAACUUGGAGCUGUCGCAGAUCCAGGAGAUUGUGGAUUGUAUGUACCCAGUGGAGUAUGGCAAAGACAGUUGCAUCAUCAAAGAAGGAGACGUGGGCUCACUGGUGUAUGUCAUGGAAGAUGGGAAGGUGGAAGUGACAAAAGAAGGUGUGAAGCUGUGCACCAUGGGUCCAGGAAAGGUGUUCGGGGAGUUGGCUAUUCUUUACAAUUGCACCCGGACAGCGACCGUCAAGACUCUUGUAAAUGUGAAGCUCUGGGCUAUUGAUCGACAAUGUUUUCAAACAAUAAUGAUGAGGACAGGACUCAUCAAGCAUACCGAGUAUAUGGAAUUUCUAAAAAGUGUUCCCACAUUCCAGAGCCUUCCUGAAGAGAUCCUCAGUAAACUUGCUGACGUCCUUGAAGAGACCCACUAUGAAAAUGGGGAAUACAUCAUCAGGCAAGGUGCAAGAGGGGACACCUUCUUUAUCAUCAGCAAAGGAAAGGUAAAUGUCACUCGCGAAGACUCACCAAGUGAAGACCCAGUCUUUCUUAGGACUUUAGGCAAAGGAGAUUGGUUUGGAGAGAAAGCCUUGCAGGGGGAGGAUGUGAGGACAGCAAACGUAAUUGCUGCAGAAGCAGUGACCUGCCUUGUGAUCGACAGAGACUCUUUCAAGCAUUUGAUUGGAGGAUUGGAGGAUGUUUCUAAUAAAGCAUAUGAGGAUGCAGAAGCUAAAGCAAAAUACGAAGCCGAGGCUGCUUUCUUCGCCAACCUGAAGCUGUCUGAUUUCAACAUCAUCGACACCCUUGGCGUUGGAGGUUUCGGACGAGUAGAACUGGUCCAGUUGAAAAGUGAAGAAUCCAAAACCUUUGCAAUGAAGAUUCUCAAGAAACGCCACAUUGUGGAUACAAGACAACAGGAGCACAUCCGCUCCGAGAAGCAGAUCAUGCAGGGGGCUCACUCCGACUUCAUAGUGAGACUAUACAGAACAUUUAAGGACAGCAAAUAUUUGUAUAUGUUGAUGGAAGCUUGCCUAGGUGGAGAGCUGUGGACCAUUCUCAGGGAUAGAGGUUCAUUUGAAGAUUCUACAACCAGAUUUUACACAGCGUGUGUGGUAGAAGCUUUUGCCUAUCUGCAUUCCAAAGGAAUCAUCUACAGGGACCUCAAGCCGGAAAAUCUCAUCCUGGAUCACCGAGGCUACGCCAAACUGGUGGAUUUUGGCUUUGCAAAGAAAAUAGGAUUUGGAAAGAAAACAUGGACUUUUUGCGGGACUCCAGAAUAUGUAGCCCCAGAGAUCAUCCUGAACAAAGGCCAUGACAUUUCAGCCGACUACUGGUCACUGGGAAUUCUAAUGUAUGAACUUCUGACUGGCAGCCCACCUUUCUCAGGCCCAGAUCCUAUGAAAACCUAUAACAUCAUAUUGAGAGGGAUUGACAUGAUAGAAUUUCCAAAGAAGAUUGCCAAAAAUGCUGCUAACUUAAUUAAAAAACUAUGCAGGGACAAUCCAUCAGAAAGAUUAGGGAAUUUGAAAAAUGGAGUGAAAGACAUUCAAAAGCACAAAUGGUUUGAGGGCUUUAAUUGGGAAGGCUUAAGAAAAGGCACCUUGACACCUCCUAUAAUACCAAGUGUUGCAUCACCCACAGACACAAGCAAUUUUGACAGUUUCCCUGAGGACAAUGACGAACCACCACCCGAUGACAACUCAGGAUGGGACAUAGACUUCUAAUGUCAUUUCUCUUACCUGCUUCUGCCUUGCUGAAGACAGCUUUUUCUGAGACACAGCUGCCAGCAAACCUGAGGGAAAGAGAGAAGAUUCAUGCUCGGGGUCACCAUGAUGCCUUUGACCGAUGCUGCUCCAGUAACGACAGUGGCAUUAGGACUUACUGCUUAGACGACAGUAGUGCUCUUUACAUGUUUUCUGUUUGAACCUACAAAUAGCAGUUGACAUGGUGGUCCUGAAGCAAAAGCCUCUCACCAGUAAAAGGAUGUUUUCUAUUGUUGCAAUGAUCUUGCUUCGCUCUGAUGCUAAUUUGAAAGACAGUAAGAAACACUUCAAUCUAGUCAGAGAGUCUGUACCUUGCUAGAAUUAUCAAGACGAUUAAAAAAAUAAUAAUAUAUAGGGUACGAUAGAUUUCUAGGGUACAAAAACUGGGCUCUUCCCUUUCUUCAAGUGAGGGUUGUAGGAUCUAUUACCGCAGGCCGGUGUAUAUACCGUACAAACGAGGACCACGCAUCUGUUGGUCAUAGAAUUCAUGUCAAACCAGUGGUAGAAGUUCAUGAUUUCAUUUCCCAGCAGUGCUGAUGACAAGCCUGAAUGUUACCUUUCCUUUCUGACAGAUUUCAAAAAAUUGACAUGUUAAAAGCACAACUGCUAUGGAUUCUGCUGAGAACUCUCAUAGCAGGUAUAUAUGCGUUUUUCACAGAGGAAUUGAAAUAAAAAAGCAUGCAUGAAUUCGUUUGUUUUUGAUAAAUUGGCAUGACAGAGUGGGGGAAAAAGCAAUUCACAACCAUUUCAUAUUUUUUGAAAAUAUUGUGUUUAAAGAUGGUCCUAGACAUAAGUGACUAGCAGCCAAUUGGUUUUUAUUUAUUACCUAACACACCCUCAAACUGAGGCUUAAAAUAUUCCCUUUUAUAAAAAUAAACCCUAGGGGUCAGGGUGGGGCGGGAUGGAGAGGGAUCAAGAUUCAUCCAAAAAAAAUAAAAACAAAAAACUAUAUAGGUGCUAUGUAUAUCUUUCAUCUGUAAAUGUCAGUGUCUGAACAGACAACACAAAUUCUAAUCAUUACAUGUGUAGCCAGAGACUCAAGCAUUUCCACCACAUUUAUCAAACCAAACUCCUGUCAGAUUUUACUUAUACAACAUAGACUGGGUUGAGGGAGAAAGGUGAUUAAAAACUGUUUGAACUAGCUUCUUGUCUUAGGCCUGAACCCCUUCUCCCCCCUCUAAAAAAAAAAGGAAGAAAGCAAAAAUCAUUGAGAUUUGUCUACUAGCCAGGUGAGAAACCUUCCUUAUGUGAGGUCGGGAAACAAGACAAGAACUUGGCCAUAUAUUGAUAACCUUUUCAUGAAUUAGCUGAGAUGAGUCCAUGUGAAAGUAGGAAGGAAGUAGAGAGGAGAACAAUAAAGUGAGCUAAACAGAACAAAAAUAUUACAACCCUGAAAUAUCAUACUCCCUAGAAAGGGUUGGAUUUGAAAAAUAUCACACUGAUUUUGCUUUUUUCACAUGGGGAAAAGGAUCAACAGUUUAAACUGAGCCCUUUGUUGGCAGGCCAGUUGACUAUUAAUAGUCAUAAGCAACAGAACCACUGGGAAGCUUGACCUAGACAAAUAGCAUUGUAUCUAGCAUUGUAUCUACUCAGACAAGUGCAUAGCUUAUAAAUUGUCAUCCUGAUUUGGAACUGUGUGUGAAUUUGGUAUAUUACAUAGGGGUUUGCAUUUUUCCAGUAGAGAGUUUUUUUUAAAAAAAAAGUCAAACAAGUGUAGACAUUUCUGAAAAAAAUAUAUGUCCACCUAGAAUCUCUGUGGUCAGCAAACUGCGGCUCGCGAGCCACAUGCGACUC